AUGGCCAAAAACACUUGUCUACGUGCACAACUUGACAAAUUCUGUUUAACAAAUGGAGCUGGUGUUCCUACUAAGUCGCACAGCAACCCGAGUGCGCUGUGCAGAGCAAUUUACUUCGCUGCUUACUCCAGUUCUAAGGAAAAAUUGAAUGCAGUCCUGGAUCCAGAUUCUAGCCUGGUCCACAUGGUCUCGGCUGGAGUGGCAGGCUUUACGGCUAUUACAGCCACCAAUCCAAUCUGGCUAAUAAAGACACGCUUGCAACUGGAAGCGCGGAACCGAGGUGAAAGGCGAAUGAAUGCUUUUGAAUGUGUGCGAAAAGUAUAUCAGUCUGAUGGUAUCAGAGGCUUCUACAGAGGAAUGUCUGCUUCCUAUGCUGGCAUCUCUGAGACUGUGAUUCAUUUUGUAAUUUAUGAAAGCAUAAAGCAAAAACUGUUGCAAUCAAAGUCUUCUUCAAACAUGGAUCCUGAAGAAGAUUCUGUAAAAUAUGCUUCGGACUUUAUUGCCCUAAUGUUGGCUGCUGCGACAUCUAAAUCGUGUGCCACCAGUAUAGCAUAUCCUCAUGAGGUCAUAAGAACAAGGCUACGAGAAGAAGGAACAAAGUACAGAUCGUUUUUUCAGACAUUCUCAUUAGUAAUAACUGAAGAAGGUUACAGAUCCCUCUACCGAGGUCUUAUCACUCAUCUGGUCAGACAGAUUCCAAACACCGCUAUAAUGAUGGCCACCUAUGAGCUUGUAGUUUACCUGCUUGAAGGAUAAUGGAAAUGCUGUUUUAAUGUAAGAACAUGGAAGACCAAAGGAUUUGACUGGACCAGAAAACCCAAAAUAGAUUUUUACCACCGAGAAGUACGAGUCGGUUAUGAAGAUUUAAUCUGUUGUUAAGUCUCUCUCUGAUUCCUGAAGAAAAUCUGCUCCAAUCCAGAGGCUGGCAUUCAUCACUAUGGCAAUGAAUUGGAAAGACCGAAUUACUUCAUUUGGCAGGGAACAGUUGAACACAAUUUAAAUUUUACAUUAUCUUGGGAUUCCUUAUUUCAUUAUUUGAUCAAUAUUAUUCUUUUUGCAUACCUCCCAAUUUUAAUCAUUUGACUUGAAUAGCAUUUUUAAUUCUUUACAACCUCCUCACUCACCUGACACUACUGGUGUGGUGGGGAUAGAAUCUACCCUUGUUACCAUGUACAUGUUGCCAUUUUAUUGGCAGCAGUCAAUUUUCAGGUUGCGAUCCUAACCCAUAAUGUUUACAGCAACCAUUUUAAUGAUGAGACAAAUGAAAACUUAUCAAAUUUUUCAAUCAAAGUUGAGAUCAUGAUGCUAGGGUUUAUUUUUUAUAAUUCUUGAAUAACAUUCAAAAUGAGUCACUUCUGGUCAGGAUCCUGAUAUACAAACCCCUCUCGGCAGAAAAAUGGUGGUUUUGUAAUUUCCUUGAUGGGAACAGAUUCCCAUAUUACACUGCCAUGAAAUAGUUACUUCAAUACCUGACUGCAGAAAUCUGAUACCUAAAUAUUUUUAGAUGUGGCUUACUUGCCUUAAAAUCUGACAUGUAAAGCGAGAUAAUGUAAAAUUUAUUUGUUUAGUGUUCCCUUAAUGUUGUAUCUACUUAUUGUGGGAUAAAUGUAGGCUGCAUUGCUUGAAAAACCAAAAUUUACUAUUUUAAAAAAUGCGUUAUAAAGUAAUCAGCCCACAGUUAACUACAAAAAAGUUAAUAUGCUACAGAUGGAGCAGUUUGAAGAAAAACGUGUGUAAUGCUCCAGUAUAUGUUAAAACGUAUGACAAAAAAUCUUUGAGCACUUUGUGGCCUUUCUGCCUUGUGAAUUUUGUUUUGUUCUGAUUUGGUUGUAUUUCAUAAAUCAUCAAUGGUUUUAACAGAAAAUCUUACACAAGUCUGCUCAGUCUAGCGUAGUAUCUAUUGAGAGCUGUACAUUGUGCAGUAUAAACAGCUUCUAGACCUGUACUGUUAAUAUAUGCAUUUUUGGAUUUUAUUAGUACAGCAAACAAUUAACUUCCUGCAAACUAAGUUUUUUGCAUUUAUUGAAACUUCUUUAACAAGAUGUUUCUCGUUUAAUUUUAAAAUCUCAUUUUGCCUUUGAUCAUAUCGUGAAUGUGAACCCUAAGAGACCUUAAGAUCUCCAUAUGAAUAGAGUACAGUUUUCUUUAUAUAAAUCUCUUAAUGGAUAAACUGGUUCUGUCGAUCUAGGAAAAGAAACUAAGUAAAACAUUAAGUUUAAGAACUGAUAAUUCAUGCACUGUGUACAGAUAAAGACGAAGUAACUGAAGGAGGUGUCCCACGCAAUUUAUUUACAACUAAAUGAAAUUAUUUUUCAAUACAGCUAAUGGAAUUGUGGGUGCAUUUGAUAAGUUAUACUGAAGUUACAUAAAUGAAGUUACAUAACUUCAUGAAAAAAGUUGCAGCAAAGUAGAAUUGAUGUGAUUUUUUUUUUUUAAAUUUAGUCAUCUGCAUCUGUUUGCAAGUGUGAAUCUAUUUUAAAUAUUAACCAUCCAAAAUCUCAAACGCACGAGAUUCGUGUUGAGCUACAAUGCCUAGGACAUUUUAAUUUUUUUUUAAAUUGACGGUUAAUUCUCAUUACUGAGUGUCAUCCUGGAAGAACCUGGUCUGCAUUUGGGCUGGGAUUAUGCAGCUUCCACUUUGCUUGACACUUAUUAAUUUUGCAGUAGUGACAUUUUCACAUCCUACAAUGUAUCUAAGGUAAAUAUGCCAAUUUGGUAAAAACUGUUACUUUGCAACAAUAUUGCUGUUCAGUUCCAGUCCAAAAGUGUGCUUGAUCCGUUUGCAUUAUGCAUCCUUGGAUGUGAGUAAUGUAUGUACAUACUCUGUACAAGAUCAUUAAUUCUGAGUUCUUUGUGCUUUGGAUGCUUUUUGACAUUGCAAAGGAUUAAAACAGAGUAUUAGCAAAAGCUUUUGCAAUUUCAUUAGUGUGCAUUGAAUAUGGUAAUCCUGCAUGCUUCUAAAUACACAUUUGUCCUGCCACACAAUAUUACUUGACCAGCUAGAGAGAACCAAUUGAUGAGUUCACACAAAUGUACUUCUCAUUGAAUGCUGUUUCAGAUUUACCAAUAUUUGUACAUUGACUUUGACUUUAAGGAAGUGAUAUAGCUUAUAUUUGCCUACUUGCCUGAGAUUUGCUCAUGAGUUUUAAUGUCCAUGAUUAUACUCAUUUUUGUAUGAAAUCUGAAUACCUUUCUGUAUUAAUAGCUGUCAGUCCGAGUAAAAGACGGUAUGUUUGGGUUGAUUGUUCAAUACCUAUUUGUGUUUCAGUUCAUUGAAUUUUUAAAAAUAUAUUUGCUUUUCCAAGUAAUCAACAUAAUACAAGAUCAUCUUGAAUAAUUUGGCAAUCCCCAAUGAGUUCUAGCAGAGUAAGGAACAAGUAAUCACAUUUCCUGAAUUAGUCUGAGGAAGAGAAAACUAAAAUUUAAAGGUCCACUGACUCUAAAUGCAGUGCUUGGAUGCAAUCCUUUGUCUAAAAGUUUGACUUUACUACAGAUUGCAAAAGAAACAGUGCUGCUUUGUGUACAACAAUUGAUAUGAACACAACCUGGUGAGGGAUAGUUGCUAUAGUAAAGUAAUUAAGAGAUGGGAUAGAGAAGCAAGUAGGGUAUGAAUUCCUUUGCCCAUAUCAUUGAGGACUAUUCUGACAAUGUUUUU